CAGUCCCUCCUUCCCCGUCGCGCUAACUUUGACCAGGAACGAUGGCGGCGGCCGGUUCUGUAGGAGUACCGGGGACCGUGUCGGAAAAGCAAGAGUUUUACCAGCUUCUGAAGAACCUGAUAAACCCAAGCUGUAUGGUGCGGAGGCAAGCAGAGGAAAUCUAUGAAAACAUACCAGGUCUGUGUAAGACUACCUUUCUAUUAGAUGCAGUCAGAAACAGAAGAGUAGGUUAUGAGGUGAGACAAAUGGCUGCCGCACUGUUACGACGGCUUUUGUCCUCUGGGUUUGAGGAGGUCUAUCCAAAUCUGCCUUUUGAUGUUCAGAGGGAUGUCAAGAUUGAACUGAUACUGGCUGUUAAGUUAGAAACACAUACUAGCAUGAGGAAAAAGCUUUGUGAUAUUUUUGCUGUGCUGGCUAGGAAUUUGAUAGAUGAGGAUGGCACUAAUCAUUGGCCAGAAGGUCUGAAGUUCCUUAUUGAUUCGAUCUACUCUAAAAAUGUAGUUCUAUGGGAAGUUGCACUUCAUGUCUUCUGGCACUUUCCUGGGAUUUUUGGGAACCAAGAUCGACACGAUUUGGAUAUCAUCAAAAGGUUGUUGGACCAGUGUAUUCAAGAUCAAGAACAUCCAGCAAUCAGGACAUUAUCUGCUAGAGCUGCAGCUGCAUUCGUACUUGCUAAUGAAAAUAAUAUUGCACUUUUCAAAGACUUUGCAGACUUGCUUCCUGGAAUCUUACAGGCUGUGAAUGAUUCAUGCUACCAGGAUGAUGAUUCAGUACUAGAGUCUCUUGUUGAGAUUGCAGAUACUGUACCUAAGUACUUGGGUCCUUAUAUAGAAGAUACUCUACAAUUGAGCCUGAAGUUAUGUGGAGACUCUAGACUUAGUAAUCUACAACGCCAGUUGGCUCUUGAAGUGAUAGUAACCUUGUCUGAAACUGCAACUCCAAUGUUGAAAAAACAUACAAAUAUUAUUGCACAGGCAGUUCCUCAUAUAUUAGCAAUGAUGGUUGAGCUACAAGAUGAUGAGGACUGGGUAAAUGCUGAUGAAAUGGAAGAAGAUGAUUUUGACAGCAAUGCAGUUGCUGCUGAGAGUGCGCUAGACAGGCUGGCUUGUGGGCUUGGUGGAAAAAUUGUUUUACCAAUGACCAAAGAGCAUAUCAUGCAAAUGCUUCAGAGCCCUGACUGGAAAUGUCGACAUGCUGGAUUAAUGGCCUUAUCUGCCAUUGGAGAAGGUUGCCAUCAGCAAAUGGAACCAAUUCUAGAUGAAACAGUAAACUCUGUUUUGCUUUUUCUUCAGGAUCCUCACCCAAGGGUGAGGGCUGCAGCCUGUACUACUCUUGGACAGAUGGCUACAGAUUUUGCACCUAGUUUCCAAAAGAAAUUCCAUGAAACAGUGAUUGCAGCUUUAUUACGUACUAUGGAAAAUCAAGGUAAUCAGCGUGUGCAGUCUCAUGCAGCUUCUGCCCUUAUUAUUUUUAUUGAAGACUGUCCUAAAUCACUGCUAGUUCUAUAUUUGGAUGGUAUGGUAAAAAAUCUACAUUCCAUCUUGGUGAUUAAACUUCAAGAGCUGAUUCGAAAUGGUACUAAGUUGGCAUUAGAACAACUUGUGACAACUAUUGCCUCAGUUGCAGAUACAAUGGAAGAAAAAUUUGUUCCAUAUUAUGAUACAUUUAUGCCCUCACUAAGACACAUUGUUGAGCUUGCUGUUCAGAAGGACCUCAAGACUUUGAGAGGAAAGACUAUUGAGUGCAUUAGCCACGUUGGUCUUGCUGUUGGAAAGGAAAAAUUUAUGCAAGAUAUAUCAAAUGUGAUGGAGCUAUUGUUGAAGGCACAGUCAGACUUAAGUAAUAUAGAAGAUGAUGACCCUCAGACAUCAUAUAUGGUUUCAGCAUGGGCUAGAAUGUGUAAAAUUCUUGGAAAAGAUUUUCAACAGUAUCUUCCACUAGUUAUUGAGCCUCUUAUUAAGACUGCUUCAGCUAAACCUGAUGUGGCUCUCUUAGAUACACAAGAUGUGGAGAAUAUGAGUGAUGAUGAUGGUUGGCAAUUUGUAAAUCUUGGAGAUCAGCAAAGUUUUGGAAUUAAAACUUCAGGACUUGAAGCAAAAGCAACUGCUUGCCAGAUGUUGGUUUACUACGCUAAGGAAUUAAGAGAAGGAUUUGUAGAAUAUACAGAACAAGUUGUUAAACUGAUGAUUCCUUUACUGAAAUUUUAUUUCCAUGACAAUGUUCGAGUAGCAGCAGCAGAGUCCAUGCCUUUUCUCCUGGAAUGUGCAAGAAGUCGUGGUCCAGAGUAUCUUUCACAGAUGUGGAAGUUCAUAUGUGAUCCCUUAAUCAAAGCUAUUGGGACCGAACCUGAUACAGAUGUACUUUCAGAAAUAAUGAAUUCGUUUGCAAAAUCCAUUGAGGUCAUGGGAGAUGGUUGCCUUAAUGAUGAACACUUGGAAGAACUGGGAGGAAUACUGAAAGCAAAACUUGAAGGACACUUUAAAAACCAAGAAUUACGACAGGUUAAAAGACAAGAAGAAAACUAUGAUCAACAGGUUGAGAUGUCUCUGCAAGAUGAAGAUGAGUGUGAUGUUUACAUUCUGACCAAAGUAUCAGAUAUUUUGCAUUCAUUAUUUAGUACUUACAAGGAAAAGAUUUUACCAUGGUUUGAACAGCUACUUCCAUUAAUUGUAAAUCUUAUUUGUUCAAAUAGGCCAUGGCCAGACAGACAGUGGGGAUUGUGCAUAUUUGAUGAUAUCAUAGAGCACUGCAGUCCAACUUCAUUUAAAUAUGUGGAAUAUUUUCGGUGGCCAAUGCUACUAAAUAUGCGAGACAACAACCCUGAAGUUAGGCAGGCUGCUGCUUAUGGCUUGGGUGUUAUGGCACAGUUUGGUGGAGAUGAUUAUCGUUCUUUAUGUUCAGAAGCUGUUCCUUUGCUGGUAAAAGUUAUUAAGUGUGCAAAUUCCAAAACCAAAAAAAAUGUUAUUGCUACAGAGAAUUGCAUCUCAGCAAUAGGGAAAAUUUUGAAGUUUAAGCCUAACUGUGUAAAUGUAGACGAAGUUCUUCCACAUUGGUUAUCAUGGCUUCCACUGCAUGAAGACAAAGAGGAAGCUAUUCAGACUUUGAAUUUUCUCUGUGACUUAAUUGAAAGUAACCAUCCAAUUGUAAUUGGCCCAAAUAAUUCCAAUCUUCCCAAAAUAAUCAGUAUAAUUGCAGAAGGAAAAAUUAAUGAGACUAUUAACUAUGAAGAUCCUUGUGCCAAACGCCUAGCUAAUGUUGUUCGUCAGGUACAGAGUUCUGAAGAAUUGUGGUUGGAAUGCAUAUCCCACCUUGAUGAUGAACAGCAGGAAGCUCUGCAGGAGUUGAUAAAUUUUGCUUGAAGUACUUUAAUAUCAUUUGACUAUAAUCUAUAAAAUAACUACAAAUAAAUAUUGUAAAUGAUUCCAUUAUAAAUUAAAUAAGAGAACUUCCUGUCAAGCAGUUUAUAUUUUUAGCCCCCAUGUUUCUCCAGAAUUAGUGUUACAGUCUUCUAUUUAUCUUGCAUGUUUUAUCUCUUAAACAUAGACUUUGGUGAUAAUCUGUGCUAGUUGUCUUUGAAUGUUUUUUACCUUUCCCUCUAGUGUGAAGUAUAUAAAUUGUUGCUAUUUGUCUGAACUAUAAAUGCUGGGCAAGCAGUAUACUGUACUUGGUGUCAGGAUGUCAUGCUGCCUGUCACAAGAAGCUCAAAGCUCCUAAAGAUAAAAUAGAAGAACUUUCAUGACAAAGAUCUUUGGAAUGAAAGUAAGGGAUAUAGUGGUAGGCUUAUUUCUCCUUUAUACUACUUCUGGUUUUUAUGGUACAAGGAGGAUGCAGUAACUGGGAGAGUUUUAAGAUACUGCAGUGAAUGUAGGGUUUUCCCCUAUAAUAAAUAAUAUUUAUGAACUGUUUCAUAGUGUACUCCAGAGAACUGAACGAAACAUCCAUUCUGGCUUCCAAGGUAUCCUAAAAAUUAUGACUACUUUUAAAUCUCCUUAACCAAACUGUUCUUCAUUUGUUUGCUUACCUAGAACUUCAAACCAUCCUUAAUGUAAAGAAUGUCCAGGUAUAUCUAACACUGGUAGCCUGUAAGGUACUAUAACAGUGUUUAUAACAAUAUUUAUGGAUGUUAGUGUUAACGUGUUUCAACAAACUACUGCUUCGUGUGUAUGUGCUAUUUUCCCCUGUAAAGCAGCUCAGUGAGAGGCUCUGAUUCAGAAUGCAGCUGAAACAGAUUUCUAUUUUGAAGAACCUAACAUUCUGUAGUAGCACUGAAGGUAUGCUAUUGUAGAAAUGAACCAAAUUUAAUUUUAUAUUUAAACAUUAAAUAGUUUUGAGACUAGUCAUUUGUCAGCAUGUGUGUAUUAGAAGAAAAAAGCUCUAUAAAUCUAGAGUUAAUUAUAUUAAUUGGAAUGUCAGUCUUUAGUGUUGAGCUUCUUGUAGCAUAGAUAAAGGUUUCUACUAACCAAAUCAGCAAUCCAAAAUUCAAAUACUGUACAUCUAUCAUGACUUCCUGGGGCUACUGAGAGUACUGUGUAUUUAUAAUAUUUAACAAAUAUUUAAGACCUAGUAAGAACUAAAUAAAUAAUCAGUAUUACUGCUGUUA